AUGGACUCUACUCAAUUUGGAAUCCUCGGUCUGGGAAACAUGGGUUCCCAGAUUGCGAUGAAUCUGUCAAACUACGCCGAACACCACGGUUUUCCGCCAGUUAAGUUGUGGAACCGGACCAGAGGAAAAGCUGCUCAGGUUGCGCGUGGAGUGAGGUGUGAGAUGGCUGAAACUCCGGAAGAGAUAAUUGAGAAUUGCGACAUUGUUCAUACUUGUCUGGCAAAUGACGAAGUCGCUCUUUGUCUAUUCCGACAGUGCUUCCGCAGCUCAGGUGCGAAGGGCACCAUUGUUGUGGAUCAUUCUACAUUGUACCCUUUAACGGCUUCGGCUUUGCAGAAGGAGGCUUCUCAGGCGGGUGUUUACUAUCUGUCAUGUCCUGUGUUUGGACCUCCAGCAGCAGCACAGGCAGCAGGGCUACUCGUGGUCUUGAGUGGUGACCCAGGAGCCAAAGAUACUGUGAAGGGCUACAUUGUCCCUGCUAUUGCGAAAGCGUUUAUGGAUGUGGGCUUAGAAGCUAGCAAAGGAGUGUUGCUGAAGCUUCUUGGCAACACCUGCAUUCUUGGAACUAUUGAACUCCUUUCCGAAACUUUCACAUUGGCCGAGAAAAAUGGCUUCGACGCUGGUGUUCUUUAUCAGUUUAUCGAAGCGUGGUUUCCCGCUCCUGCCUGGAUCAAUUACGGGAAGAAGAUCCGAGAUGGAUCCUUCGAAGGAGAAAUGGGCUUCAAGAUAGAUGGUGGAAUGAAAGAUGCGUCUUUCAUCAGACGGAUGGGGGCUGAAUCCAGUACACCAACCCCUAUCAUCGAUCAAGCCUGGAAUCAUCUUACAACGGCAAAGGCUCUUGGUGGUUCAACUCUUGAUUGGAGUUCAUGCUCAGCUGGUAUGCGCGUAACUGCCGGCCUUGAGCCGUUCAAAGAACAAGGGACUACCCCACCACAUGGUUCUAAGGCGAAUGCGACGAAGGAUUCCUAG